CUCGUGAAGCAUCUCUCAGCUCAAGCCGUUGCAAAUCAUGCGAAUCUCACAGCAAAUCCCUGGUUGUUGCAACAACCUCGGCGGACAUCAUCCUACAAAUACCAGAGCUGCAUCCCUAUCUCCCCUCAUCCAUCUCGUUCAAACACCUCUGGGACCGUGAGAACCACCAGGGAGGUCCUGCUGUUGCGUGCAUGCCGAGCAAGCAGCGCGCAAAGAGAAGAACCAUCGCUCUGGGCGGCUGCUGCGAUGCCGGCAUGGCAGUGGCGUGUGUGCAGCUGCCCCUGUGCGGUGGAGGGGAAUCUGCAUGAGCACUGUCAGCCGGGAGCCGCCAGCAUGCAUCUGGGCGUUCGGAGCUCUUGCUUUCUCGUCGGAAUCGGGCAGUACAAGUGUCGCGCAUGGCCGCAGAUAUAUAGCCCUGCACGGCGCAAUUGGUGGCAAAAUACGCCACCCUUCGCUCGAAGUCUUCGCUGCAGCUGCUGGUCCGACAGACAAAACAGGCAGGGACACCCUUCGCUUGAUCGGCACCAGACGAAGACCGGCGACGAAGUCAUCCCACAGUGCGGCCUCGUCCAGCUCAGAGGCCCACGUGCGAUCCGGCCCAUUGUAACGGGCCCUGCGUGGCCGCCGCGCGUUACGGGCCUAAUUUGUAAAGGCAUCUCUGUAAUUACAGUCUGUAACCCCCGCUUUAUGGGAAUAUUCUGGGGAUAACCUAGUUAGCUGAGGGCACAUGCGUCCUUAGCACAAGGCGUUGGGCGCUCAGGUACCUAUAAAUACCCCUGCACAGUGCCCGUGGGAGGCCAGAUUAACAGAGCUAUUGCCUUCUAGCGCG